GUGACGUUAUUGUACGGUAGCCAGUAGGCACCAAAGUAGCACCGUGUAUUUGUUGCACCUUCAUCUUUCGUCUUCGCCACCUGCUAAGACUUUGUGAUGUGUCGUUCCUUCUUCGAAAAAAGCCACAUUUUAAUCCUAAAUGGAAUCCGAGGGAGCCUUUUAUGCUCAGGCAGGGUCUUCGGUGGACAUGACCCGCAGCGAGGAGGAUUCUCUGGUGGACGGGCCGCUCAUCUCAGAUGAUGUCCUCCACGCCGCCAUCAGGACAGAGUUCCACACGGUGCCCACCGGCUGCUACGCCGUUCUGCUGUCUCUGCUACACGUGGUGUACAUGAUUUCCUCCUUGUGCGUGGUCGUUCUCUGCGUGUUGAAGCUUGGCCAGAAGGAGUUGUGCACCCACGUCCUGGAUCCCAAGUGGGGUGACAGUGCGGUGGUCUUCUGCAAAGUGGUCCUGUGGGUGCUGGUUCAGGCGUUCACCCUCUGCGCCAACUACUACCACAGGCAGGCCCGCAACAGAGGCUACUUGCUGUUCUACAGAAGCACCAACAGGCUCAAGCGGCUGCCUCUCAUCGUGUACUCCACAGGGAACGUUGUUGUAUUGAUCAUCAUGGCAGCACGACUGCCAGUUGCUGUGUACACCUACGUGCUGAUCGGUGUCUUGGCCCUGGAGCUACUCGUGGCAUUGCCCUGUCUCAUCUAUUACGCAGUCAAAGUGAGGAGCUUCAACACGGAGCGAGCGGUGCCUGACGUCUGCCGGGAAGAAUAUUUGCGCAGCUUAAGCGGCGGUAGCCUGCCCACGGAGACUGGAUUCAGAGAGCGUUCCUCGCUGGAGGAGGUGGUGGAGAAACAGGCGGACCUGAUCGAGUACCUGAAGCACCACAACAGCUUGCUGAGCAGGAGGCUGCUCAACCUCGCUGCUCAACACUGAACAGCAUCGUCGCGGUCGUGCACCCCUGUCAAGCAUGCGGGGUCCUCUUCGGUAAGACCGGGGUCAGGUCAGACUUGCGCCUGUCACCUGGAACAGACGGAUUGGACGACGUGGUGCUGGUAGUGGUGGUGGUGUGGAGGUGGGGGUGUAGCCGCACUAAAAGUGGCCGGUGUUUAAAGAGCCAUCCGGGGUCACGGGU